GUAGAGCUCUGCCGAACCGCCCCGGCACCCCGGCAAGAUUUCAACGGAGUGGCUAAGGGCUUUUGUGUGGAGGCCGAUGGAUCGUUCGGCGCAUGAACACGACCACGCGCCGGCAUGUAUUGUAUUGUAAUAUGCAAAUUGAAUGCGAUGUGAUGUGAUGUGAUGUGAUGCGGUGUGAUGUGAUGAAGAGGCAUACAGAAGCAGAGAGCGGAAACCGGUACUUGCGAUGGUGGACGGUAGCCGGCUAUUUGUCGGUUAGCAUUGCCGCGCUUGCGGCUCACGCUGCAGCGAAUAAGUGGGGUGUGUUUGCUUCGCGGUUGGUCCGUCGGUCGGUCGGUCGGACCUUCGAUCCCUUCGUCGCACCGACGGUCAACAGCACGCAAUACGAAGCUGAGGACGAGGAUUUGAACUCCUCAAGCGUCGUGAGAGGGAGUCACGCGCGGGAACGGUUUUUCGGGGCUUGGCGGGGUGUACUGUAUUUCAGCAGAUAAAGAUUGAUCUAAACUUACUACUGUAUGGUUUUCUUGGUCAAACGUCGUCUCCACAAGGCCGCUUGAAGAAUUCACGGAAGAGCUAAGGUUUCUUGACGACUCUUUCUUUCCACAAGGUGGGGAAACUGGCAGGAGGGUACUCGGUCGGUGAUUUCACUCGGUGACCCCGGUGGUAGGCUAGCUAGCUACGGUAGCUAGCUGGAUGAGAGGAAGGGAGGGAGUGGAGAAGUUAGGGGGGAAACAGUUUGUUGGCGGGCGCACUCAGCCUUUCAGGUCAAGGCGUUAGUUAGUCAUCUUGUGUCAAUUAGCCGUUGAGCGUCGUAUCAGCGGCGGCGAAGAUGGUGGAUGCACAGAGGGCUUUACUUGACGAGCUGAUGGGCACAGGCAUGGGAAAAAAGGACGUGUUCGGAGAACUGUUCGGGAAUGGGGGCCAAGGGAAGGGUGCUGUGACAUCUUCUCUUUUUACGAACAACCCGUUUCGGCGAGAUGCCGUUGCGGGGGACGCAGGUGACUCUUCGAAGAAGCGACGACGGCAUGGAGCGGCGGAGUCCUCGGACUGCGGGGAAGCACGCUCUCUUUCGAAGAAGAAGGGGGCGAAAACCACAGAUGAAUGUGUGCACCCAUCUGCAGAGGGGGAGGAGGUUGAGAUAGGAGGAACGAAAAAGGAGAAGCGCAAGCGGAGGAAGAAGACGAGCGCUGCCUUUGAAGACGGCUUGGAGAAUUCGGAUGAUAGGGAAAACAGGAAGCAGGAAGAGAAUGAGGAUGUUAUUGAAGGAAAAGAGGAGCGUAAGACGUUAAAGAAGAAGCACAAGAAGAAGAGGCAUGGUGCGAAGGAGGAUGGAGACGGGGAGGGGAAAAAUGAUCCUCCUCCUCCUCCUCCUCCGCAAACGGAGGACGGGGAGGGGGAAGAAGAGACCAAAUUGGCAAGAAAGAAAUCGAGCGAUCGUGAGCAGCGGCGGGAGGGAUCCGGCGAAGGAUGUGAUGGUGGUGCACAAGAAACACCUUAUAAACGGGAGAGAGAGAGAACAUCUACUCCCAGGGCCGGCCAGAAAGGUGAUGAUGAAGACUCUCCCCGCGAGAAGAAGAGGUCGAGGGGUAAUAAUAAGGCCAAUCGGGUGCUGCUGGGCGACGAAGAGGAAUCUGAUGAUGAGGACAAAGUGGAGCAAGGUCGAGGUCUUCGGGGAGACGAUGCUAAGACUAGAGUAGUGGUGUACGAUUCCGAGGAGGAAGAGAGGCAGGAGAGGAAAAAAAGAGCUAAGCAAAAGAAGCAGUAUGACGAUCCCGAGGACAAGCUAGCGCGCACAGUGUUUGUGGGUAAUCUGCCGAAAGCAGUCGACAGUAAAGAGCUGGCAAAAGAGUUCUCUGUCUACGGCGCUGUGGAAUCGCUCAGGUUUCGAUCCAUUGCCCUAGCAGAGGGAAAGAAAUUCAUCAGAGGGGCCAUUUUCAAGGGGAAAGUGAGCGAUGUGCACGACACUCAGAACGCGUAUGUCGUCUUCAAACAGUUGGAGAGCGCAAAGGCGGCGCUCGCACACAAUAUGAAGGUGCUCCGGGGGAACCAUAUUCGUGUGGACGCAGCGACCGCUCCGUCCUGGGCAGUACACCAGAAGAAGGGCAAGCCGCUGGACGCAGCAACAGGACGACGAGUCGAGUAUGACCGUAACCUAUCCAUAUUUGUGGGGAACCUUCCGUAUGAUGUGAAAGACGAAGAGCUCUACCAGUUUUUUGGUGGGGAGGAAGCCAAGCCGGAGCUGAGAGGGCAAGUCGCGGCAGUCCGCGUUGUCAGAGAAGAGCACGCAAGCAGAGGGAAGGGGGUUGCGUAUGUCUUGUUCAAGACAAGCCAGGCCGCGAGAGCGGCUCUGAACUCGAGAGGCUUCAAAUUGAGAGAGCGAGAGCUGCGAAUAGCGCGUCCGUCGAGGACGUCCGCUGCAGCGGACACUCUGUCGAGGAAAACGGCAAAGCUUCCGGCAGUGUCGAAGGGAUACGAGAUGAGGCAGGCGCUAAAACAUGUGCUAGAACAGUCUCGGAGGGCCAAGCCUUCAGCUUUCGAAGGCCAAAGGGCCAAGAAGGUAGAUGGCCUCCCUGGGAAAAGGGCACUUAAUGCGGUUGCUCAGAAGGCUGGAAGACGGCAAUCUGGUGGUCCUGGAGGUAGGGUGGGUGGUAGGUUUAGCAAGGGUAGUAAGGGUAGUAGUAGGGGUCCAGCUAAGAGAGCUGAGAGGUAAGGGAGGUUCUUCGGGCAGAGUCUACUUCGUCUCGUUGUGUGCUCUCGUAGGCAGUGCUGCCAUUGGGAAGGCUAGGAUGAAGAGCAAUUUUUUUUGACCAGCGGAGAGGCUUCGCCACUGCAUGCCAGCCAGGUUUUUUGAACGGGUGUUUGUGCCAGCAGCAGCGGCAGCAGCAGCAUGUGAUAUUCCUGCUGCUUCUGCUGGUGGUGCCCAGGCAGAGGAAUCACGGACGUUUGUGCUGGUGCCUCUGCUGCUGUUGCCGCUCAUGCUGCUAGUCGGUGCGCAGUGGAGGCCAAUCCAAAAGGCAUUGGUGUAUCCUAUGUGCGUGUGCGGGCGUGUGUGUGUGUGUGUGUGUGUGUGUGUGUGUGUGUGUGAGAGAGAGAGAGAGAGGGAGAGAGAGGGAGAGAGAGAGAGAGAGCUGCUGUGUUCAGCUUUUAGGAUGACAUGGUGCGUGAUUUGAGGCCGUUUCAGUUUUGUUGAUGGCCUAGAGUUUUUUUGUUUUUUUUGUUUUUUUUGGUUGGAUGGCCUAGUUUUUCAGUUGAGAAGAACUCAGGCAGAUUUAACCUGUGUCAGAAUUAGACUACUACUGUCUUCAUCCAAAGAACCCGCGGUCAGUAUAGCCUUAUUGGGGCCAACUUUCAGUCUAGAUAAGUCUUUCUGAGACUUACUAGCAUUUGACGCCG